GACCCCUCUGUUGCUGUUUCUGAUGCAGGAACCAUGGUCACUAAGGACAGUGGCAAAUGCAUACUCGCAGCAUCGGAGAGCGAAGUGGAACCUGCCGCCUGCCUGGCCCUGGAGAUGAAAUACGCCCUGGAUCCCAACCGGCAGAUUAAAAAACGCAACAAAGCCCUGCAGGUGCGGUUUAAGGAUAUCUGCGAGGCGCAGAACGAGCAGAGGGACUCGCAGCUCUCCUCGGGACAGCAGGGGGACAAGCGGGAGGCCAAGCCCGGGUCCUGCAGAGCAGCCUACCACAAGUACAUGACGGUGCCUGCGCGCAGGUCCAUUCCCAACGUCACCAAGAGCACAGGCGUGCAGACCUCGCCCGACCUUAAGAAGUGCUACCAGACGUUCCCUCUGGACCGCAAAAAGGGGACCCUCAAAAGCCUCCCAGGCACGGAUCCCUUUAAAAGCCAAAACAAUGGGUUCCUAGCGGACACUAAAGAGAAGAGCUCGGGCGGACACCUGGAGGAGGCCGGGCCGUGCAGCGCGGGCCGCGUGCACAAGACCACGGCCUUGGUCUUCCAGUCUAACGAACACAUGAACGCGCUGGAGCAGCCGUCGGGCGUCAACUGUGCAGAGCCGUGUCACAGCCCGGACCUGUUCGGCUAUGGAGAAGCUCUUCUCCCCAACGCCACACGGCCUCCCCGCGAGGCGCCUGACCACCAGCUGCAGGGGAUGGCAAAGCAGGACCCAGGGACGCCGGACUCUGAGGAGCCUGCUCCGCCCGCCCUCGGGAGGGUGUUUAAAACAGAGGUCGCCACCGUCUACGCACCCACCCCCAGUGCUAGCGCCGCGGAGCCUGGCUUGUCAAACUCUGCCACCCUGAGCCAGUGGUCGCUGUGCCCAGUGGACGAGGAGCCACGGAGAGCCGCACACGUCAAUGGGUUCCAGGCCCCCGCGGGCCCGGCUCUGGCCUGCUCGCCUCGCAGGCAGUGCGUGUCCCCCGAGUACAGCGAGCAGCCCGUGCAGACUGAAGCCCUGCCGGGGCCGGGGGGCCAGCCCAGUCCAACAGCCGCGUCUGCAGGGGAAGAAUGCCAACAAAUCGUGCCUCAUACGGAAGUGGUCGACCUCAAAGCACAGCUUCAGAUGAUGGAGAACUUGAUCAGUUCGAGCCAAGAAACGAUCAAAGUGCUCUUGGGGGUCAUUCAGGAGUUGGAAAAAGGAGAGGCCCACCGGGAAGGGCUUUCAUAUCGGACGGGGCAAGACACAGCUAAUUGUGACACAUGCAGGAACAGUGCAUGUAUUAUCUAUAGUGUGGAGCUGGAUUUUAAGCAGCAAGAAGACAAACUCCAGCCAGUUCUGAGAAAACUCCAUCCUGUUGAGGAAACUCAGGUUGCACCUUCGCCUUACUCUCAGGAGACUUGCUCCUCCACUCCCAAGCAAAAAUCCAAAACUGAAUCUAAAAAGCAUGGAAGAUGGAAACUCUGGUUCCUUUAAAAUUCAUGGUGUUUGGAGUCUCAAGGCCGUCUUUAAAACCCACUGGAGUUCAGUCAAUCCUUUUCCAAAAUGAAUAGGAUGGAGGGAACUAGAGUGCCCAUUUGGGUACCACCCACUUCCCGCUCUGCGUACCAAAAAGGCCUUUGUACCAACAGAUAACUAACAGAAGCAAGGUAUUCAAUGUCACUCCUUGCCAGCUGUUCUUUGCAGUUCCCUGAUGUGGGAUGUAAAAUCUGAAGUGAAACUUCUGUAGUCAGAGAUGAUAAGUAAAAAUUCUAUUCCCUCCCCGCUCCCUGAUCUGCAAGUAAUACGUUUAUCAACCUGUGGAACAGCAGGUAUCACUCUGUACACAGCUAAAACUCAUAGUUAUUUUCAAGCCUUUAUUUUUUUUAAAUAAUGAGAAGAAAAGGCAAGCCUUAUGUUUGCAAAGGACUUCAUUUUUAUGUUUCAUUUUGCAAAUAAGCAGGGGGCGAGUGCAAUUUUCAGCACAUCAAAUUCCGGAGAAAGCACAAUUUUUUCAAGUGGUCAGAGACCAUGAAUAAUCUCUAAAAUGUGACUAUAUGUAUAUCUGCCUUCAUGUGCUGUAGCGCUAAGCCAAGUGACCACAUCUCAGUGUCACAUUGACACUUCAAAUUUAGCAUCUUCUUCAUCUCCAGACUUAGGACAUGUUUACUGCUCAUCUUCCAAGGAGUCCCCCAAAGUCAGGAUAUGCCUUUAAUUACUGCAAGUUGACAGGGUCAGAGCUAUUGGACACUAAGCUUUCUUAGAUCUCGUUUUUAAUCUUUUGGUACCCAAAGGCCAAAUGAUAAAUUCUGGCAAGAAUUUGAAAACACACAGAGAUACACCAUGGAUAAUACAGUCACCAGUAAAUCACAGGCAUCCUGUGCCAUGGGAGAAAGUGUGUUUGUGGAUCAAUCCUCUGAGACAGUGUUCGCCACUGUAAGGGCAGCCAGAUGUUUCCUACAGUUGCUUAUGCUUUGUAACAACGGCAGAAGACCUGACCAUCUCAAAGAGAAACAGCGUGUUUAGUUUAGCUGCUACCAUCGGACAAACUUAAUGUCGCCUACAUUUAACCUAGUUGUACUAAACAACGACAUACUUAGGGGAAAGCUGUGAAUCAAAUGUUUUUAGGUAUUUUUUAAAUCAACAGUAACAUUUAGAGUUCUCUCUUGAUUACACAUUGCAAGGUAAAUCUUAGUUCCUUUAUUUUUUCACUCAUUUCUUUGCACCUUUGCAAGUAUCUUUUUAUAGAAACCAAAAUCCCCUAGUCUAUUACUGACUUUGUCUAUCAACUUUUUGCUUUUCAUGAUAGGAAGUAGGGAUCUUAUUUUGCCUUUUUUUGUACAACUUAAAUUUUGAAUAGUUUGUGAACAUACAAGAAAACCUAGUCUUCAAGUUUCUGUCCAGCAGUUUCCUACCAAAUCAAGUGCUGACAUGCACCCCUCACUGAAUAAAUGCCAAACACAAAGUGGCUAACCAUGGUAAAAGGAUCUCAACCUGCUUUUUCCAGAUUGGAGCUACUUCUUGCCAUGCAUUUUCCUCUUCACUCAACAGCAAAUCUAUUUUAGUUCUAAGUGUUUUGAUUCUACAAGGACCUAGUGAUCAGUAAUCAGAUCUGGACUUGCAA